CUUUGUGAGGUGCAGCCUGAUUCACACCAACACUGAGCUCCCCAGACUUCUGGGUGAGAGUGUCUUCCACCUCAGCACCCAGCACUCUCUGGACCACCUUCUCCAAGCCCGGGGUGCAUUUUGCCCUGCUCACGUGCCUGUGAAAUGCAUGCUGCUUCCUUCUCACUCCCACUCCUUUGACCUUUCUCCCACUUCAACGGGGUCAGCAACUCCUCCAUUGUGGAAAACUGCCCGUGUUCCCCGCUCUAAGCAGCAGGACCCUGACAUGUGCUGUGGGGGUGACACAUGGGCACAAUGCCCACCCUUGGAUACGUGUUUCCAGAUGAAAGGGAGGUUGCUUUGCCCCAUGCUCAGGUGGGGAACUGAGACCCAGCCCCCUGGGAGGCCUUUUCCCAGCCUAGGUUUGUGGCAAGCAGGGAAGGAGCACUUCCUCCUUCUCCUCCUCCGCUUUCCCUGGAGGGGGGGCUGGGAGCUAUAAGAGCUGUGCACUGAGCACAGCACACAGAGGUAGGGGUUCCCCAGCACCAUGUCUGGAUCGAGCCCUGCUACGGCAUCACUGGAGCCAGGCAUCACUGGGUCCCUGAACCGAGGCCAAACGGACGCCAGCAACAUCCCUGUCCCCCCGCAUCACCCUGUUCCCCAUGCUCAGACCUACCUGGAUGAGCUCAUCAGCAUCCCCAGAGGCAGCGCGCCCGGCUUCAGCUUCAGGAAGCUGUGGGCUUUCACUGGCCCUGGCUUCCUGAUGAGCAUCGCCUACCUGGACCCAGGCAACGUGGAGUCAGACCUGCAGUGCGGGGCCGUGGCCGGCUUUAAGCUGCUGUGGGUGCUGCUGUGGGCCACAGUGCUGGGACUGCUGUGCCAGAGGUUGGCCAUCCGCCUGGGCGUGGUGACGGGGAAGGACUUGGCAGAGAUCUGCUACCUCUAUUACCCCACGGUGCCCCGUGUGCUGCUGUGGCUCAUGAUGGAAAUCGCCAUCAUCGGCUCAGACAUGCAGGAGGUGAUUGGGACGGCCAUCGCCUUCAGCCUGCUCUCAGCCGGACGCAUCCCGCUCUGGGGUGGUGUUCUCAUUACCAUCACAGACACCCUCUUCUUCCUCUUCCUUGACAAGUAUGGGCUCCGCAAGCUGGAGGCUUUCUUUGGCCUCCUCAUCACCAUCAUGGCUCUGACCUUUGGCUAUGAGUACGUGGUGGUGAGGCCAGUGCAGACAGAGGUGCUGAAGGGAAUUUUCCUGCCCUACUGCCUGGGCUGUGGGCGAGAGGAGCUGCUGCAGGCUGUGGGCAUCGUUGGUGCCAUCAUCAUGCCCCAUAACAUCUUCCUACACUCCUCCUUGGUGAAGACCCGGGCGAUUGACCGCUCCAAGAAGGAGGAGGUAAAGGAGGCCAACAUGUACUUCCUGACUGAGUCCUGCCUCGCUCUCUUCGUCUCCUUCCUCAUCAACCUCUUUGUCAUGGCUGUCUUUGGCGAGGCUUUCUACCACCAGCGCAAUGAGGAUGUGCAUAACAAGUGUGUCAACAGCAGUGUCAGUCACUAUGCCAGCAUCUUCCCCAUCAACAAUGAGACGGUCUCUGUGGAUAUCUAUCAGGGAGGUGUCAUCCUGGGCUGCUAUUUUGGGGCUGCAGCGCUCUACAUCUGGGCCGUGGGGAUCCUGGCAGCAGGGCAGAGCUCCACCAUGACAGGCACCUACGCAGGACAGUUUGUCAUGGAGGGCUUCCUGCAGAUGCGCUGGUCCCGCUUCACCCGGGUACUGUUCACUCGCUCCCUGGCUAUCCUGCCCACCCUCUUCGUGGCUGCCUUUAGGGACAUAAGCCAGCUGACGGGCAUGAAUGACCUGCUUAACGUGCUGCAGAGCAUCCUGCUGCCCUUCGCCGUGCUGCCCGUCCUCACCUUCACCAGCCUGCGCCCGCUCAUGCAUGACUUCACCAAUGGUCUCCUGGGGAAGGUGCUGAUGUCCCUCAUUACGGGGUUGGUCUGUGCCAUCAAUGUGUACUUCGUGGUGGAUUUCCUGCCCACGCUGCGGGGCCUGGGCUACCUCAUUCCCCUGGGGCUGCUGCUGGUGGCUUACGUGGCCUUUGUCGCCUACCUGCUCUGGACGUGCAGCAUCGCGCACGGAGCGCGGUUCCUGCCCAGGGGACGCUACAACCGGUUCAGCUUCGAUCUCACCAUGGACGGGCCGGGGGCGGCAGGGCCGCAGUGACGGGCUCCGUCCCGCACAACAGCGCCCUGCUGCCACACCAAGCCCCGGGGGGAGAUGCUUUCUAGGGAAACGCCCCCAGCACGGCAGGGGUUAACAGACCUCGGAGGGUUCUGCAAAAGCCUCUCCUUGGGUGGUGCUGGGGGGCAGGGGGACGAGCGGGAUGGGCCCUCCCUUGCUCAUUAGCGCCGGGAAGCGGAGGCUCCUCUAAUUACCGCCGGGACCGCUAAUUACCGCCGCGCACCGCAGGGACAGCCCGGGGGGAGCCCGCUCCGCCCGUUUCGCUGCCUGCAGACCCAGCCCUGGUGCGUGUCCCGUCCCCCUCCCCCCCCCCCCCCGGUCCCAAACGUGGCGACGCCCGUUGGCUGUCCCCGCACGGGCCGGGGGCUGUUCUCCAAAGGGGCUCCGGCGCGGGAUGGAGGGGUCGGGGCCGAUAAAUUGACGUUUGUAACGCACUCUCCGCCUCUAUGUGUUGGGGCGGGGGGUCCCGCAGCGCUGCGCCCCCCGCCGCGGCCCGCACUUGCGAGACG